AUGGACAACGCUGACUCGUCUUCUUCCCCGUCGUCGUCCUCGUCGACGUUCAACCCCAACAGGGUGGCCACGAAGCCCACCCUGACCUACUUCCCCACUGGCGGACGCGCCAAGGUGGCCCGGCUGCUGCUGGAGGACGCCGGCGUCGACUACGACUACGUGCCGCUGUACGAGGAGCCGGGCUUGACGCUGGUGCAAAGCGGCGCCAUCGCGCGCCAUCUGGGCAAGAAGCUCGGGUACGCGGGCGCCAGCGACCACGAGGCGGCGUUGAUCGACGCGGCCUACGAGGGCGUGAGCGACAUCGUCAACCGGUUCGUGGCCGUGCUCGGCCUGCCCGCCGAGCAGGCCAAGACCGAGACCGAGCGGCUGAUGAAGGAGUAUCUGCCCCUCCAGCUCGGCUACCUCGACAAACUGCUCGAGAAGAACGGCAACAACGGGUUUCUUGUCGGCGGUCAGUUGAGCUACGCGGACGCGGCGCUGUUCACGAUGCUGCAGAGCGCCUUCCGGAGGCCUGGCGCGGACUCGCUGGCCGCGCAGUUUCCCGCGCUCAAGGCCUACCACGACGGCAUCCAGAGCAGGGACCGCAUCAAGCGCUUCCUGGCCACCGACCCCUACGGCACCUCCGCUCCCGCGCCGAGCAGUGCCAGCACCUCUUCGUCUGACGUCAAGGAGAAGAACUGA